UUUCCUAUUCAAGUUUCAAGUCAGUUUUGACAAAUGCUUAUCAGUUCCAAAUUUAAAAUCACAACGAAUCAUCAUCAUCCACACUUCACUUCAUCAACUUCAAUCAUGAACAUUCCAAUCGAUAGUGAACCAGUUAUACUCGACCAAGAAGAUCCAGACGCACCACCCAUGCAAUUAAUUUAUCCUGAAGAAAGCGAAGAUGAAUUUGGUCGGCCACGCACGCAACAAUCGGUUACGUCAACUUCAGUCUUGUGCAAUGGUUUGAUAGAACAAAAAACAAAUAAACAACAACCGUCAAAUUCAUGGCAUGUCAUAAGGAAUCAAUUGCAUAACCAGGCACGACUUGAACAGCGAUUUCCGUCAACAAAGCAUCAUAAAAAUCAUCAUGAGUCGUGCGCUUGUCGAAUACAAGAUUUUCAUCCAAUGGACGAAGCGCCGUCGCCUUGUUCAACAUCGCUUACAACAAAAACUGAAAUUAAUCCUAGGCAAUUUAUCCACUUGAAAAGUAAAACUAAUUUACGUUAUGUGAUGGAAUCACUGUUAACAGCUGCAAUGACACAUGAAAUGGAAGCUACUGAUGCGUAUCAGUCAAUGUAUGAACAUUACAAUUCACUUAACGAAUGCCUUGCGUACGUCUCACAAUAUUUGGAUUGUAUAUGUUUGGAAACCAGAAGCCUUUCGCGUCUUUGCGCGCACAUUUCACGCGCAAACCUCGUAAGUUUAGAAUCAGAACAUGCUGAUGAGAAUUGCACACUUAGCACACUCCUGAAUCAACUAAGUUCACGCAAUUCAAGUGAAUAUUAUUGGAUGAAGAAGGAGAUUGCGGCCGAACUUGACGCAACUGCUGACGUGAACGAAUUAAUUCGUAACUACACAGAGAAAAAGAAUGAUUUUCAUAAAGCUAUUCAAAAUAUGCGUGUGAUACUUGAUACGAAUUUUACAACUGGGCAGUUGCAGAAAUUGAAGAAACAAUUUGAUCUGAUCCAGGAGAAAUUUGUAAAUAGUCGUAAAAGAUUAGAAAGAAAAUUACCAAAAAUAAUUUGUCGUAAAAAUCAAGUGCUUGUGAAUACGUUUGGAAUGCUGGCUGAGGAUAUGCAAUCAACAGCAAAUGAUAAAAAUGAUUUUGCAGUUGUUUGUCAGCAUUUGGAAACUGGAUUACGCGAUAAAAUUAACGACAUUAAUAUGGAUAGUCAAUGUAAUAAUUCUGACACUGUACAAAACGAUGAAACUAAUUUAAUUUUUUAAAUAAAAUAUAAAAUUAAACACAUAGUUUAAAAGUGUAAAUUGAGCAAUAAAUAUGAAUUGAAUAAUAAAAUUCAUUAACAAUAAAUUUACCAGAUGUCGCUGUUAA